AAGAGCGAAAACGCAGCGUAAAAAAGGGAGGGAACCCAUCAGAGCAGAGCUCGCAGUGGACGAUUCAGACUCUCAACGCCUGAGGGGCGCAGUCCAUUUCUCUCUCAAUUUGCAUGUUCCUUCUGGUUUCUGCCAUUUCCUUACUCCAAAUUCGAAUCUUCCCCUCUCCGCCAUAGCCAUGGCGUCCAAGGGCAAGGGGAUUGCCAAGGACACAUCCUCUGGAAAGCGGAAGCAACGCGAAGACAACAAUGGCGCCGACCUCGCCCGUAAGAGGAGGGACCGGAGCGUUCUUCAGUUCUUCGAGGACGUCGCUCCGGAGGUUGGUGGCGAAAGUGACGAUAGCGAUUUUCUCGAUGAUUUCAUGGAGGAAGAGUUUGAUACAGAACCGGCAUUUAAGAAUGAUGCUGCAAAAGAUCAAAAUAUUCCAUUCUUCCCAAAAGAAGAGGAAAUGAAUGAAGAGGAGUUUGAUAGAAUUAUGGAGGAGCACUACAAUCAAGGUCCUGGACUCGGUGCAUUUGCAGAAGAAAAUUAUGAGAACAAAAAUUCUACUGGAAGAAACCCUCUUCAGCCGUCUUCCAGGGAUACUAUCUCUCUGUGGAAAGUUAAAUGCAUGGUUGGACGUGAGCGGCAAUCAGUUUUUUGUCUUAUGCAGAAAUUUGUUGAUUUGCACUCAUUUGGUACCAAGCUACAGAUAAAAUCUGCAUUUUAUGUAGACCAUGUAAAAGGUUUUAUUUACAUAGAAGCUCCUAGGCAGUAUGAUUUAAUUGAGGCAUGUAAAGGGAUCAGUGGCAUAUAUUCUACUCGCAUAGCUUCUGUUCCCGAAAAUGACAUCUCUCAGUUGCUUACUGUUCGAAGUAGAGUCAGUGAAGUUUCUGUAGGUACAAUGGCCCGUGUAAAAAAUGGAAAAUACAAGGGAGACCUUGCUCAGAUUGUUGCUGUCAACAAUGCACGCAAGAGAGCGACUGUGAAGCUUGUUCCAAGGAUUGAUCUCCAAGCUAUGGCUGCAAAAUUUGGUGGAGGAGUUGCUGCUAAGAAAACUACCAAUCCUGCACCACGAUUGAUCAACUCUAGUGAACUUGAUGAAUUUCGACCUCUCAUGCAAUUUAGGCGUGACCGUGAAACUGGGAAACUUUUUGAGUUUCUUGAUGGGAUGAUGCUCAAGGAUGGAUAUCUAUUCAAAAAAAUAUCUUUAGAUUCAUUGAACUGCUGGGGCGUAAUGCCAUCUGAAGAUGAGCUCUUAAAGUUCAAGCCUCCUGAGAGCAACGAGUCUAAUGAUCUAGAGUGGCUUUCUCAACUUUAUGGUGAAAAAAGGAAAAAGAAGAUCAUUAGGACUGAAAAGGGGGGUGGAAAAGGAGAGGGCACAUCAGGAUCUAGUUCCAUGAACAGCUUUGCAGAUCAUGACCUUGUUUGUUUUGGCCGGAAAGAUUUUGGGAUGAUAUUAGGAACGGAAAAAGAUGACAGUUACAAGAUUUUGAAGGAAGGCCCUGAUGGGUCUAUUGUGGUGAAUGUGCAACGGAAAGAGUUGAAAAGUGGGCCUUUAGAGGGUAAAUUUACCGCUGCUGAUCACAAUGGAAAGAUCAUCUCUGUUUCAGACAAUGUCAAGGUGUUGGAAGGAUCACUUAAGGAUAAGCAAGGGAUUGUUAAGCAUGUUUAUAGACACACGGUGUUUGUAUAUGAUGAGAAUGAGGUGGACAACGAUGGUUAUUUCUGCUGCAAAUCUAACAUGUGCGAGAAAAUCAAGAUUUCUUAUGAUGCACCUAGUGGAAAGGAUGAUGACAAAGGUUUCUCUGGUUUUGAGGAUUUCUCCUUUUCUCCCAAGUCACCCCUAUCACCUAAAAAGCCAUGGGCAGAGAAGGACAGUGGUCGUGAAUACAACCGUGAUGAUAAAGAUGGAAUGUUCUCUAUUGGUCAAACCUUGAGAAUACGUGUCGGUCCUUUAAAGGGAUACCUAUGCCGUGUUAUAGCCGUACGUAAAAAAGAUGUUACAGUGAAGCUUGAUUCUCAACAGAAGGUUCUUACAGUCAGAUCUGAUUUUCUUUCUGAGGUAUAUCGGAAGACCUCUACUGUGUCUCUCAGUGAGGAUACAGAAUUCGGUUCUCUAAAACCUUUCGAUAUACUGGGAAAUGAAGGCAGUUCCCAAGAUUGGAUGGGUGGCACGGGGUCAUCCACAGGUGGUGAUGGCUGGAAUUCUGCUGGACCUUCUUCAGAAAGAAGUCCUUGGCCCAGUUUCCCAGAGUCUGGUACCUCGAAUUGUCCAGGGUCCAGUUCUAAUCCUUUCGGUUCUGAAAGCCUUGAUGCUCAAAAAGAUGUUGAAGAUUCUCCUUGGGUUAGCAAGACGGUUCCAAAUGCAAGCACUUCCUGGGGUGCUGCAAAAUCAAAUGUUGACGAUACUGUUAAUGAUGACCAAGCCCCUGGAUGGGGGAAGAGCGAGUCAUGGGACAAAGCUACUGCUAAAACUAGUUCAGAUGGCAAUGCCUCUGGUGCCUGGGACAAAAAAGUAGUACCUGGUGGAGAUUGUGCAGGCCCUACAGAUCAAGCUGAGGACAAGUGGGACAAGGGAAAGCGUGUGUCUUCUGAUAAUCAGACUGGCAACUGGGGUGAUGGAACUUCUGGUAAGAAUGAACCCAGUGCAUGGAGCAGAGAUAAAGAUUCGGAAUCCGGGGGGUGGAAAAAGAGUCAAAAUGCUAGUUUUGGUGAUGAAAAUAAUUCAGCAGAAGCCUCAGCUGAUAAGUGGAGCAGCAAAAAUCGAUCAAGUGGAGGCUGGGGAGAUUGUAAUGCUUCAACCACUGUCUCUGAGAUCAAGCCAGCUGGCAAGAGCAAUGCAGGUAGUUCUGCUUGGAAUAUAAGUGACGAAAACUCUUCCUGGAAUACCCAAAAACAAGAAUCAAAUCGUGGCAGUUGGGGGAAGCCUAGUGACCGUGGAGGUACUAGGUCUUCUGAAAGUGGAAGAGGUGGAAAUCAAGUCAGGGGUGGAUCAUCUGGUCAAGACAGCUCAUCUGAUUGGAAUAAAUCUACCACUACUGAUGGAGCUGGAAAAAAGGACGGUUGGAAUAAACCAAAUCUUGCUAGUGAGGAUGAAAGUAUUGGGAAAAAAGGAUGGGGACAGGGUAAUGAAGCCAAUGAUAGUGGUAACAAAUGGCAGAGUUCAGGGUCUGAUGGUGGAAAAAAAUGGGGCACUAAUGAAUCAGAACGUGAUGGUGGAAACAAAAGUUGGAAUACAUCCAAGUCAUCUGAUGGGGAUACUGGCGGUGGGAAUUCAGCUAUUUGGAAAGACAAAUCUGAUUCCUCAAGUUUGACAGCCCCAAAAGGAGACCAAUGGGGCGGAGAUUGGGAUAAGCAGCACAGUUCAAAUGAUACCAAAGCCUCUGAGGACAAUUCUCCUUGGAAUAAGAAAUCUGUUGAAAGUGGCAAAGAUGGUGAGCGUAAGGAUCAAGGCAGUGGCUGGAAUGUUGGAAAAAGUUCUGGUGGAGAUUCUGCAUCUGGAUGGGGUCAAACCAGCAAGGAAGCUGGUUCAAGUGACCAAGCAGGUAGCUGGGGUUCUAAUUGGAAAAAGAAUUCUAAUGCUGGGAAUGAGGAUUCUAGUUGGGCCAAGAAAAGCAACUGGAACUCAGGAAAUGAAUCUAAUGAUAAUCAAUUCACAGGUGAUACCUCAGGCCAUGGAAGUUGGGGGGG